AUGAUGGUGAGUGCAAAAAGUGUAACCAUGUUAAUGGUGGUUAUGAUAGUGUUAAUGGGAAUGGAGAACAUUUUGGUUCAAGCAAACCGUCCCUUGUGUGAACUUUCUGGUGGAUGUGAACUUUCUCCUUCUCCUCCAGAAGAUACACCAAUAUCUCCUUCUCCUUCAGAAAGUUUAUUUGGGGUUACACCAGCAGAUGUAUCUCCUUUAACUUUACAAGAUUUUCAUUUGACAGAGGAUUCUUUAUCUUCAGAAGAUGAAGAUGAAAGCCCUCUCGAUGUGAAUCCUGACAGACAUAGGAGAAGAAAGAAGAAGAAACAUCAUCGCCAUGCUCCAGCUCCAGCUCCUUCAGAAGAUACACCAAUAUCUCCUUCUUCUUUCGAAGAUUUAUUUGGGGUUACAUCAGAUGUAUCUCCUUUAAGUUUACAAGAUUUUCACUUGACAGAGGAUUCUUUAUAUUUAGAAGAUGAAAGCCCUCUCGAUGUGAAUCCUGACAGACAUAGGAGAAGAAAGAAGAAGAAACAUCAUCGUCAUGCUCCAGCUCCAGCUCCUUCAGAAGAUACACCAAUAUCUCCUUCUUCUUUAGAAGAUUUAUUUGGGGUUACACAAAAUGUAUCUCCUUUAACUUUACAAGAUUUUCAUUUGACAGGGGAUUCUUUAUCUUCAGAAGAUGAAAGCCCUUUCGAUGUGAAUCCUGAAAGAAAAAGGAAAAAGAAGAAGAAGAAGCAUCAUCGUCAUGCUCCAGCUCCAGCUCCUUCAAAACUUGAUCUUUCUCUAAAUUCUGUUUCUCAUUCACCAGAGUCACCAGAGACACCAAAGCCAGAAACACCGAAGUCAGAGGGAAACACUUUCUUUUGCAUGUUUGGUUGUUCUAUGAAUCAGUGCUUUCACCUUGGCAAAGAUCCAAAAGAUGUGGACCGCUUUGACUCAUGCGUAGUAAACUGUUUGGAGACAUGUAACAAGAAGAAGUGA